CAGCAACGACCACUCCCAGGGCCCACGCCUCCUUCGCGCCCAACCACCCCCUCUCCUAGGCACAUCGCAUAGUCGUCAUGUCCAGCGCCGCUGAGACCCUCCCCGUCUUCACCGAGACUUCCGCAUACUCGCUCGGCUUCGUGGCGGUCGUCGGCCUCGCCGCGUACUUCUCGUCCAAGAAGUACCUCCCCGCAACCGCAAGCCAGCAAGACAAGUUCACUUGGAUAUGGCUGGCUUUCGACGCUAUGAUCCACUUCACGUUCGAGGGCUCGUUCCUUUGGCUGUCAACUUUCGGGCGCCAGGUUAACACCAGCGAGGGUCCCUUCGCGGAGCUAUGGAAGGAAUAUACCAGGGCUGACGCUCGCUGGGGCUUCUCGGACCCGACAGUCGUCUCACUCGAGAUUCUGACAGUGCUCGGUGCCGGCCCGCUAUGCUGCUACAUCCUCACGCAGCUCGCCCGGAACGAUCCCGCCCGACACUAUUGGAUUGUCGUCCUCAGUACCGCGGAGCUCUACGGAGGGUGGAUGACAUUCUGUCCAGAAUGGCUCACCGGGAAUCAGUACCUGAACACCGACAACAUCCUUCAUUUCUGGGUCUACCUCGUCUUCAUGAAUGUUAUCUGGGUGGUCAUCCCCGUCUGGCUCAUGAUUGACUCCUAUGGGCACAUUGCCAAGUCGUUGCGCACGGUUCACGCCAAGACCAAGCAGCAGUAGGGGGGUCGCACCGUCUGGACACUCCGGUGGAAACCAAGUCAAAAUGAGCUGUGCAUUGAUUGAUAUUCCAACGUUACUCACGCUCUGGUAUACCUGUGAUACUUGCUUACGGAUCGCUGGGUGCUCUCCGAUAUUGCUCUAUCUAUCUCGCUGUCUUGUCUUAGCUAGCACACUCAAUGAACGCGCGAUUGGAUCAACAUUACAUGUAUUAUAGACGUACGACGCAGAUACCACAGCUCAACAAAGCACGAUCAACACAAAAC